ACUGCUGCGAGGCGUUCACGUGCUGCUCGUUACUCAAACCACUUUCAAACCCUCUGUGACUGCCUGCCCAGGAUUAGAGCUCAUUCAUCCAUUUGAACUUUCCUCAUAUGGACUAGGGUCGGCUGGUAGGCCUAAAUUAUUGAACCGCCUGUUAAACCUCAAGCAAAGAAUAAAGUUAUUUUUGACAAUCUACAGGACAAAGUUUUUGGGUUGCCAAAAACUAAGUACAAGUCAAUAAAGUCUAUAAGCCUAUCUCUCCCACCCGCAUCACGUAACGGCAUUUGUUGACCACACAGCCCAACCUGCACAGGUCAGUGGUCCACAGAGGUGUGGCCGCAGAUCGCUGAGUUGAUUGGUUGAACAUUUUUACGCUUUGUGGUGGUACCUUGGAGAGCGGUGCGCUGCGCCCAUUAUUGCUGAUGCACAGGCGCGCUAUGCCUCGGUUUACGGUUCACGUACGGGACGAGUGGUUGGCCAUACCGUGCCGAGACACCAAAAAUACAAUCCAGUGGCUGGGACUCGAAGCCCUAAAACGAUACAUCAAGAACAAACCCGACAAUGGCGGCAUCACGUCUGUAAAAGACACGCAUUUUGUUGUGCGCCGGUGUCAAGGAUUGGGACUUUUGGACGCGGACGACACAAUUGAAGAUGUUCUGGAAGACAAUGAUUUUGUCGAGCUCGCUAUAGAAGGGGACACUAUGUCUCCUGACUUUAUACCCUGCCAGCCUGGAGUGUCCGAUAUUACAGCAGCAUACAGAGAGCCUGAUGAGUCCAUUCUUCUUGAUGGCAACAGCCUUACAUCAACUGAUCUGGUCAAUUUAGGCCGAGGUUUUUACAAGAUAAAGCUGACUUCAGAGGCAGAGCUCAAAGUGGUGCAAGCCAGAGAGCUUUUGGACACCAUUGUCAAGGAAAACAAAGUUGUCUAUGGAAUUACUACAGGCUUUGGCAAAUUCGCUCGCACUGUCAUUCCUGUCAGCAAACUCAAGGAGCUACAGGAAAACCUGGUGCGCUCUCAUUCUGCAGGAGUGGGGAAUCCUUUGAGCCCCGAGAGGACCCGCAUGCUGCUGGCUCUUAGGAUCAAUGUCCUGGCAAAAGGGCACAGUGGGAUCUCUUUAGAAACUCUACAUGCCAUGAUCCAGGCCUUUAAUGCGUCCUGUCUGUCCUUCGUACCAGAGAAGGGGACAGUGGGAGCUAGUGGAGACCUGGCCCCUCUCUCUCACCUGGCACUGGGAUUGAUGGGAGAGGGAAAGAUGUGGUCACCAAAGAGUGGUUGGGCCGAUGCCAAAUACGUCUUAGAGGCCCAUGGACUCAAACCAAUAUCACUGAAGCCAAAAGAGGGGCUCGCUCUGAUCAAUGGGACGCAGAUGAUCACCUCUCUGGGGGCAGAGGCAGUGGAGCGAGCCCAGGCCAUUGCACAACAAGCAGAUAUCAUCGCUGCUCUCACUCUGGAGGUGCUCAAGGGCACCACCAAGGCUUUUGACAGCGAUAUCCAUGCACUGAGGCCUCACCCCGGACAGACUGAAGUGGCUCUGCGUUUCCGAUCUCUUCUAGACUCUGAUCACCAUCCAUCUGAGAUUGCAGAAAGCCAUCGUUUCUGUGACAGAGUGCAGGAUGCUUACACCAUGCGAUGCUGUCCUCAGGUUCAUGGAGUCGUCAAUGACACAAUCAAUUUUGCCAGAAACAUCAUCAAUACAGAAAUCAAUAGUGCCACAGACAACCCAAUGGUGUUUGCAGAAAGAGGGGAGACCAUUUCAGGUGGCAAUUUCCACGGGGAAUACCCAGCUAAGGCACUGGACUUUUUGGCCAUUGCCGUGCAUGAGUUGGCCGCCAUCAGUGAGCGGAGGAUCGAGAGGCUGUGUAACCCGUCCCUGAGUGAGCUCCCGGCCUUCCUCGUUAACGAAGGAGGACUCAACUCUGGGUUUAUGAUCGCUCACUGCACCGCUGCGGCGUUAGUUUCAGAAAAUAAGGUUUUGUGCCAUCCGUCAUCGGUGGACUCUUUAUCGACCAGCGCCGCCACCGAAGACCACGUGUCCAUGGGAGGAUGGGCCGCGAGGAAGGCUCUCAGAGUCAUUGAACAUGUUGAACAAGUACUUGCCAUAGAGCUGUUGGCAGCCUGUCAGGGCAUCGAGUUCCUGCGGCCUCUACGUACUACCACUCCACUGGAGAAGGUCUAUGACCUUGUGCGCAGUGUGGUCAAACCCUGGAUUAAAGACAGAUUCAUGUCUCCAGAUAUCGAGGCCGUGCACAGACUCCUGAUCGACCAAAAGGUCUGGCAUGUGGCUCAACCGUACAUUGAUAAGUACGCUACAGAGUACAUCCCUGAGUCUCGUCCUGUUAGCCCCACGGCCUUCUCUCUGGAGUCUCCAGCAUCACCGAGGAAAAGAGUUCGCCUUGAGUGAACAAUGACUUCAUCACUAAACAUUAUAAACUGUUGAUAUAAUUGCAUAAAUAAAUAUGAACAACUAAAUAGGGCUACAUGCAGUGGUGGAAUGUAACUAAGUAAAAGUAGUAAAGAACUGUACUUAAGUAACAUUUUUAAAUAUAUGUACUUUACUUAAGUACAUUGGAUACUUUUUACUUUUACAUCAAUACAUUUGAGAGCAGGUAUCUGUACUCCACUACAUGUCUGGACAGGACUGAAAAGUAAAAGUAUUUUCUUAUUAUAGUUUACGGCUGAAAAAGCUAGGAGUUUAAUUAGUUUAGAGCAAACGAAAAUAUAACAACAUUAAAAACUAUUGAUUAAAUUGUUUCUGUUGAACAAAAUUUAGGACAAAUCUCAAAAUAUGCACAAAAUACCUUUAAUUUUUACUCUAGUAUUUUUUUGCUCUGGUAUUUGUACUUUUACUUAAGUAACAUAAUUGAGUACUUCUUCCACCACUGGCUACAUGUAAUCAAUGACAGUUAUUGUUCAGUAAUACAAUAUUUCAAUUAUUUUCCAUUAACACGUACUAUUUAAAUGUAUAUUUAUCUGAACUUUAACACCAUUUAACUGUCUGAUUACAUGUGCAUUAUUGUUCUAAGACUACCUCAGUCGGUAUUUGAUAUCAAUGAAUUUUCAAUAAUAGAAUAGCAUAAAUAUUUAAUGUGCCAAAUCAAGCAUGUGUAAUCUUUACCAUGAGUUACCAACAAACAAAUAAAGAAUUUAUUACGAACGCUGUGC